GGCACCACUGCACACAAACGUCAACAUCGCGGGUACGAUAAACGAAGGACGCUGGAAUAUUUCUUGUUUACAUCAUUUUUGCAGCAAAUUCUCGUCCAUUUUCCGAUACCAAAUACACAUUAAAUUGAACGUACCAUGGCCACAAAAGCGACACCACAAGCGCCUCCGCAGGUAAUGGGGGACAACGAUCUCGGCCCGGUCCGUUUGCCGGUAGAUCGAGAAACGCACCAGUACGACGAUUGGACCAUCGGAUACACCAAAUCGCACAUCCUCAAAAGUGUCUGCGUCAAGGGCGAAACCUGUGUGGCCGGCGAUCCGGACUGCUGCGAACUGUGCGUGUACAACCUUGCGCUCGCGCUACCCCACCUGCCCGAUAUGGUGUUUCACCGGAAUGUGCUCCGUAUCAGCCAUGCGUCGGGUGCACAGCUCGAAUUCAAUCCGCUCGACGCACUAAAGCUUGUGCGCAACGAAAAGCUUGACCUGAAGGUGGCCUGCUCGGACGAGUGGCGCGAAAGCCGCCCGGAAGCGGCACAAACGGGAGACAAAGUGAAACCCUUCGACUGGACGUUCACGACGGAGUACACUGGCACGGUGAACGAUCGCUUCCGCGUCGAACCGACCGAGCAGCGCAUCGAUAUGUUUAAGCUGAUGCGCAAGGAGGAGAUUCUGUUCUAUCACAAUCUAACCCUGUUCGAGGACGAGCUGCACGAUCACGGCAUAUCGUUGCUCUCGGUAAAGGUUCGCGUGAUGCCGUCCGGGUUCUACGUGCUGUUGCGUUUCUUCCUGCGCGUCGACAAUGUGCUGCUGCGCAGCAACGACACGCGCUUUCACUACGAGAAGGGAAACGAUUACGUGCUGAAGGAGUUUACGCACCGCGAGGCGAAGGUGGAGCAGUUGAAACACAUUCCACCGGCACUGUUUACCAAUCCAGACCACAUUGUGGAUAAGCUUCCGGUUGUUCGGAAGGUGAACGAGAAGCUAACGAUCAUCAAACCGGAAUGAGUCGGUGUGUGUUGCGAGCGAUCUCACGGUGAUCUUCUAGGGUCCGAGUGUGUGUAAACAAAGAACAGUACGCGUGUAAGAGGUAAAGGCCGUAGCUAUGGCGUCAAUGAAACGGACCGUCGUUUGUGAUUUUAUUAUGUCAAUAUGAAAAAUAAAUACAUACACACAUGCCACGUAAUGUGUGUGCUUUUAAAA